AUGGCUAAACUCGAGAUUGAAAAGCUCCGGAUCACGAAGCCUACUAUGAGGACGUUCAACCUCGAGGUCGUCGUUGAUGUUAAUGAGUCCCCCGAGAAUCUUGACUGGACCAGUCAUUUAACGGUUUCCCUGUUCUACCAACCGCGCCUCAUAGCUUCAAUAAAGCUUGGAAACUUCAACAUUCGAAACAUGGUGGGAUUCAAGGCUUUCAUACAGCACUUGCUACCAAACAACGUGGACAACGGAAUCGGGGAUGACGAUGGGCUUACCAUUGCUGGAUGCAGUGUGGAUGAAGCACACGAGCUAUCUCUAAACAUUGAACUGACCGGGAUCACGAAAACUUAUGUUGACCAAUUCCGCAUUCGAGUGUUUGGAGGGAGGGUUACUGUUGACUUCAUCUUAUCGAACGUGAACACGAUUCAACUCGAUUUCGGAAACUGUGUGUUCUCUCUGGAGAAAGGUGGUAACGUUCUGGCGUUACUGGAUGGCUACUUCGACAUUGAACUGGGAGGAUCAGAAAUUGUACUGGAAGGUGAUGCCAUAGUUGCUGAUACCAAUUUCUCUGGCAUCGCAAUUCUGAAAGGGGUGAAAGCGCUUAAAGAAGGCAACACUUGGAUUGCUCAUGCUAUUCGAUCGUUUGAGGCGGAGGUGAACUUGGAUAGGAAGCACCUUUAG